AUCUUAACAUCAUAUAUGACUACAUUUUUAAAUCUAAAUGGCAAUAUCUUGCUUUAUUCUUAAAAGAAAUCCAUGUCUUUUUGUUGGACAAGUUACGUGAAGACGUAUUUGAAAGAUAAACGGAACGAGAAAAAAUUGUUAUUGUAUUUUUUUUUAAUUUGUGUCACGAGUUAGUCAGCACACCUUGUGAUUUUGUUGUGAUGUUUCAAAUUUAACAUCAAUUAACAUUUGAUAGCUUUUGCAUUAACCAUAGGUCGCAGGCCGUUCCUGAGGUAUAGAAGAUAUUAUUUUGUGUUCAUAAACAACGCAAAAAAGAUAACUUAAACUACUAACAAAUUAAUAAAUUUUCAGUCUUGUUUAUCUUCUUGCAAAGAUGGAUAAUUCAUCAGAAAAAUCGAGAUCUUCAGAAACAUCACCACUACUUCAAGAUAAUGAUUCACCAGCGAUAAACGAUAUUGUUGACAUAAAACCGUCCAAACCAUCCAUUUUUACGGUUCCAGUCUUAUGUAUUCUUAUCAUGGAGCUUUGUGAGAGGUUGACAUUUUAUGGCAUCAAUGCAAAUCUUGUCUUGUUUGCUUUGAAUGGCAACCACUUGCAAUUUUCUUCCUCGGAAGCGGCCAUUUUGUCCUAUGUAUUUCAAGGUCUUUGUUAUCUAACUCCAAUUAUUGGUGGUUGGUAUGCAGAUUCCAAAGCAGGAAAGUUUGCAACAAUACUUGGUGCUGGUGUUGUAUAUUUGAUUGGAUCUAUUUUGCUUCCGUUGGGAUCUAUAACUUAUAGCAAACCUGAACACAGCAAUUGGGCUGCAAGUAGUUUUACAACCAAUAAAGUAUUUAAAAUAACUGUGUAUCUUACUGGUUUAAUACUCGUUUCAAUUGGAACUGGAGGAAUUAAAUCAAAUGUAUCACCUUUUGGUGCAGAACAACUAUCAAGUCUUGGUCCUUCGGCUAUUCAAGCGUUCUUCAACUGGUUUUAUUGGUUUAUAAAUAUUGGAGCACUUAUCGCUUUUACGCUAGUUGUAUAUGUCCAACAAGAUUUUUCCUACUUUUUUGGAUAUUUGAUUCCAGUGGUAACGCUUCUUCUUUCCAUCCUGGUUUUUCUUUUGGGGCGAAAAAGAUACAUUAUUCGUCCUCCAACUGGUAGCGUUCUUACUACAACCUUUAAAAUAGUACGAGAGGCGAUUAAACGAUCUCGGAGGCCAUCUCUGUCGAGUUCUUUUGUAAAUCAUUGGUUGGACCGAGCAAAAAUGUGUUUUGGUGGUUCUUACAGCAGUUGGGAAGUUGAAGAUGUGAAAAAAGUGUACAGAUUGUUGCCGAUUUUCGCGUCUUUUAUCGUUUAUUGGAUGGUGUAUGCACAGAUGAGCACCUCAAUGGUCUUUCAAGGAAAGUACAUGGAUAUUAAACUUGGUCGGUUACAAAUUCCAGUCGCCUGUCUCUCUCUUCUUGAUACUCUUGGUGUUUUAUUAAUUAUACCUGUUAUGGAGAAAAUUGUCUAUCCACUUUUGGGUUAUUUCAAUAUCCAUCUCAGUCAAUUACAACGCAUCGGUAUUGGCAUGUUGAUAGCCACUGCUAGUAUGGCGUGUGCUGGGGGGAUAGAAGUGUAUCGUAAGGAUCAUUGUUGUAUACCACAAGAAAGACAUGGUGAAGAUAAGCCGUUAAAUGUCUCUGAUGCCAGCAUAUUUUAUCAAGUGCCUCAAUAUUUUUUGAUUGGUCUGAGUGAAGUGUUUUCAAGUAUUUCAGGUUUAGAAUUGGCUUUUACUGAAGCUCCAAAAUCUCUACAAGGUGUUGUGAUGGGAGUUUAUCUUUUCUCUACAGGACUUGGUACAAUGUUUGGCGCAGUUCUUGUUCUUAUUAUCAAUGCAAUUACAGGAAGUAGUAACGGAAAAAACAAAUGGUUUCCAAGUGAGACGGACAUCAACAAAGGCAAAUUGGAAAACUAUUUUUUUCUGCUUGCUGUUUUAAUGUUUCUCAACUUUGUUUUGUAUGUUUUUUUGGCUAUAAAUUAUAAAAAGAAAAAGGAAUCGGCCGCGAAAACUUUGGAAAAUGGCAAUAAAACACCGGAAUAUGUUACAGAGGAUCCCCUACCAAUUGAAAAGAAUGCUUUUGAAAACUCCUUGUCUUCUAAAAAGAAUUAUGAACGAGUGUCUCCUUAGAUCUCUACUUCAACUAAAUAACUUAAUUUUUGAUAAUCAAUUUUUAGGUAUUGACACAUAUAGGUAAAUGACAAAAGAUCACUACGACGAAGUUGAUUGUAAAAAAAAUUGUGGCAAAUCGAUUUUAUCAUAUUCUUUUUUGCGAGAGGAUAAACAAAAAAUUAUUUUGUGAAGGCAUUUGACGAAACAAUGAGAACGUGAAAUUCUAAUUUGAUAAAGGUAAAACUACCUUCAACAGUUUCUAGAACAGUAUAUAUUGACAAAAUUUGAACCAAUGAUUUGACCAAUGUUUUAAUUACCGUCAACAGUCUUUUGUAUUGCAGUUUAAAAUGAUCAUAAAGAUGAAAAUUAUAACAUAGAUAGUCGUGUUCGGAUUAUUUUAUUAUGUGAAAAUUUUUCUUAUUGUAAACACAUUGAAUAUUUUCAUAGUAUUAAAUAUGAUUAUUUUUGCAUUAAUUCAGCUUCUGUUAUUUGACGCUAAACUAUACAGUAAAACUACACUAACACUAGCACUUCCAAUUUUGGCUUUGCUUUCUUUUAUUGGUAGUUUGUUCGGUUUUCAAAAUCCAUCACAAUGUUAAUUUCAGUCCAUGACUUCGUUAAAUGAUGACACAGUUCUAAAAUUGAAAUUAAUUGUAUUGAAAUAAGAAAAAUCCUUCCACUACAUUAUGAAUAGUUGUACAAACGCCAUUGAUACAUGCACUAGGCACAACGCUCAAUAAAUAUAGUUAGUUCA